AUGGAGAGCAAGCGAGCGUCGAAGCGGAAGACCAAGCGAGUGCGGAUAAACGUGACUCUGUGCAGGUAUGAAGUGGUGCGUCGUGCCGCGCGAGCUCGGGGCUGGAAGCUCGUGACGGACGAGAAGCCUGAAGCCAAGCCGUCGGUUUGCAAUCUUCACUGGAUCGACGUGCCUGACAUUCUACCGACGUUCAAGGCGCUUCUACCCUACCAGAAGGUGAACCACUUCCCAGGGAUGGCCAACCUGGCGUGCAAGUCCAAGCUAGCACGAAACCUCGAGCGCAUGAAGAAGCUCUUCCCUGGCGAAUACGAUUUCGUCCCGCGGACGUGGAUCCUGCCGUUCGACCAGUACGAGUUCCAGCAGAACUUCAACUCGGAAGGUGAGAGCCAACGCACGUUCAUUGUGAAGCCUGAUCACAUGUGCCAAGGACGAGGUGUGUUCCUGACUCGCAAGCUUUCGCAGAUCCCGCGUGGCGACGUCCUCGUGGCCCAACAGUAUGUGGCUCGCCCACUGCUCAUUGACGGGAAGAAGUUUGACCUGCGGAUUUACGUGCUCGUGACCUCUUGCUCCCCACUGCGCGUAUAUAUUUUCAAGGACGGCCUGGUGAGAAUGUGCACAGCGGACUACGUUACCCCAAACGCAGACAACCUCGAGCAGCGGUUCAUGCACCUCACCAACUACGCGGUGAAUAAACACUCCAACAACUUCGAAGUGAACAAGGGGAAUGGCACAGAAGGAACAGGGAGUAAGAGGUCAUUGAAAUGGUUCUUCGGGUGGUUAAAGGAAAUCUUUCCUGCUGAUCGCAUUGACAAAUUGUGGGAGCAGAUCGGUGACAUUUGCCUUAAGUCGAUCCUAUCGGUGCAGCCUACGCUCGCACAAGAGUACAAAUCCACAUUUGCGAAGUAUGUGCGCCGUACGAACUCGGCCUCGAGGUCGGGGCCCCAGACGAGUGAUAUGAACUUCGCAUCAGACAAUAAUGGUGCCAAGAGCGCGCGUCCGACGAGUGCGAGCGAAAGUAUCAGCGGUAGCAGUGAUGGAGGAAGCACAGAUGACGACACGAAUACGAAUUUCUCGCCCAAAGCUUCGAGCUCGUCGACGACGCCGUCUUGCUCUUUUGCGCUGCUGGGCAUGGACGUGCUAGUGGACGAACAGCUCAAGCCUUGGUUGCUGGAGGUCAACCACUUGCCAAGUUUUGGCUGUGACUCUCCUCUGGACUGGAGCGUGAAGGAGCCCCUGAUCUCUCAAACGUUCGACUUGUUGAACAUCUCGACAAAUGACAAAGAGCGGUACGAAUCCGAGCAGGCUCGCGCUCUCCAGCGAAGACUUUACGGGGGAUCCGCGUCCUCAAUGUCAAACUAUUCAGGAUCGAGCUCAAUGGUUAGCGACAAUCAGCGAAGUGAACUACCACCACUAAUCCCGUCAACGCCGCGAACAAGUUGCCCAGAAGACAUGAACCAAGUCGACAAGGGGGCCCAAUUACCAUUAGAUUCCAGCCAACUUCGUGAAGCCCUCACCAACUACUACGCUCACUUCAAUUCGGAUCGACUGCGCCACCUCGACAAGAUUGUUGCCAAGUACGCCGACAACCAGGAGGAGCUCAGUCGCAGCCUCCAGCAGAAAUACGGCAAGUGUAUCACUGAAUUUGUACCUCGCGAGUCUGCUGCAGCUGAUGCUCAACAGCAAGACGAGGACCCUGAACAACAGGACGAAGAUGAGCAUCUGAUCGACUAUGUUCGCAUAUACCCCCCUCCUGCAAACUCCCCUCAGGAAUCAAAGUACCAGAAGAUGCUGGAGGCAUCACAAAAGCACAUCGACGAGUUGCAGCUCCGGUUUUCCGCGCCAUUGCAGCACCGCCGCCCGGAAACAGAUAGCAACGGCGUGGUGCUGCCACCCCUGAGAGGUGCCCAGAAGAAGGACCAGGUUGGUCGAGACUGCUUCGGGUUCUCUGGGACUGAUAAGGCGCAGUGGCUAGCCGCAGCAGCUGAUAAAAAGCCGCUCGUUGUUCCAGGUCCGAUGCAGGUUGCUGCGGCACACCGUCUGAUGCUAGGGCACUCGAGCCAAAAGCACUCUAUCAAGCCUCCUACCCCGCCCGAGCCGCUUCCUUCCCGAUCUGGCACGCCAGUGAGCUACGGACUACAAUAUCGAGAGCGGCUGGCAACACACAAGAACAAACCAACGCUUGCAGUCUCCCAAGUUUCCUUUUGCUUCAACGGAACAUUUAUAUUAUAA